GAGAGGAUGAGGAAUCUGUGGAGUGGGUUUGGUUGAAUGUAUUUGCUGUUUUUUGUGGAAACUGAGAGUUCGUGCAGUGAGAUGUCUGUGUUGUUUUUCUUCCAAGACUGAUGUGAUGUCACCAUCACCAUGUCAGGCACCACUACCGUUCUGCAGCAGUUUGUCAGUGGCCUGAAGAGUCGAAGUGAAGAAGUAAGAGCUAAAGCUGCCAAAGACCUGCAGCAUUAUGUCACCACUGAGCUACGGGAGGUAAGCCAGGAGGAAGCCACACAGUUCUACGAUGAGCUGAACCACUUCAUUUUUGAACUGGUUUCCAGUUCUGAUGUGAAUGAGAGGAAAGGGGGCAUCCUUGCUAUUGUAAGCCUUAUCGGAGUGGAGGGAGGCAAUGCCACUCGGAUCAGUCGAUUUGCAAACUACCUACGAAACCUCCUGCCAUCCAGUGACCCUGUUGUCAUGGAAAUGGCAUCAAAAGCUGUGGGUCGCCUUGCCAUGGCUGGAGGUACAUUCACUGCUGAGUACGUGGAGUUUGAAGUAAAACGGGCUCUAGAAUGGCUUGGACCAGAUAGAAAUGAAGGAAGACGUCAUGCAGCUGUUCUGGUUCUGCGAGAGUUGGCAGUCAGUGCACCUACGUACUUUUUCCAGCAAGUACAGCCAUUCUUUGAUAACAUUUUCUAUGCUGUGUGGGACCCAAAGCAGGCCAUUCGAGAAGGGGCUGUUUCUGCUCUGAGAGCUUGUCUAAUUCUCACCACCCAGAGGGAAACCAAGGAGAUGCAGAAACCUCAAUGGUACCGGCAAACCUUUGAGGAAGCAGAGAAAGGCUUUGAUGAAACUCUGGCCAAGGAGAAGGGCAUGAACCGUGAUGACAGAGUUCAUGGGGCACUUCUAAUCCUGAAUGAGUUGGUGAGGAUUAGCAGUUUGGAUGGGGAGCGCUGGAGAGAAGAAAUGGAAGAAAUAACUCAACAGCAGCUGGUGCAUGACAAGUACUGCAAAGAUAUGAUGGGCUUUGGGGUGAAACCACGUCACAUCACUCCAUUCACCAGUUUCCAGUCUUUACAACCACAACAGUCAAAUGCUUUACUAGGGCUUCUGGGAUACAACCCCCAGCAUAGCAUGUUGGGGCUUGCAAGUGCUCCAGUAACAGCUAAGUCUACAUUGGUGGAAAGCAGGUACUGCCGUGAUCUCAUGGAAGAAAAGUUUGAUCAGGUGUGCACAUGGGUGCUGAAGUACAGAACAAGUAAGAAUCCUUUGAUUCAAAUGACAAUCCUCAGUCUGUUACCACGUCUGUCUGCCUUUCCACCUAAUAUUUUCACAGACAAGUACCUCCCUGAAACUAUGAACUAUCUUUUGGGAUGUCUAAAGAAAGAGAAAGAACGUACUGCAGCUUUUCAGGCAUUGGGUCUUCUGUCAAUUGCAGUGAGAACUGAAAUUCAGAGCUACUUACCAAAAAUAUUGGAAAUCAUAAAGGCAGCAUUGCCUCCUAAGGAUUUUGUGCACAAGAGACCAAAGGCAGUGCAGGUGGAUGCUACAGUGUUUACCUGUAUCAGCAUGUUGGCUAGAGCUAUGGGGCCCAAUAUCCAGCAUGAGAUCAAAGAGCUGCUCGAACCCAUGAUGGCUGUAGGACUGAGCCCUGCACUGACAGCAGUACUGUAUGAUCUGAGCCGCCAGAUCCCAGCCUUGAAAAAAGAUAUCCAGGAUGGAUUACUGAAGAUGCUCUCUCUUGUCUUGAUGCACAAACCACUUCGACAUCCUGGGAUGCCCAAGGGCUUCUCUCACCAGCUGUCUUCCCCAAGUCUAACCAAUAUUCCAGAAGCUAGUGACAUAGGCAGCAUCACAUUAGCACUCCGAACCUUGGGAAGCUUUGAAUUUGAAGGUCAUUCCCUAACACAGUUUGUCCGACAUUGUGCUGAUCACUUUCUGAAUAGUGAACAUAAGGAGAUCAGAAUGGAGGCAGCCAGGACCUGUUCUCGCCUCCUGACCCCCUCAAUCCAUAUGAUCAGUGGGCAUGGUCAUGUCGUUAGUCAGACUGCUGUACAGGUGGUGGCAGAUGUGCUCAGCAAACUUCUUGUUGUUGGAAUAACAGACCCAGAUCCAGAUAUCCGUUAUUGUGUACUUGCUUCAUUGGAUGAACGCUUUGAUGCCCACUUAGCCCAAGCAGAAAACCUGCAGGCAUUGUUUGUGGCCUUGAAUGAUGAAGUAUUUGAAAUCAGAGAACUUGCAAUAUGCACUAUUGGCCGUUUGAGCAGUAUGAACCCUGCAUUUGUUAUGCCUUUUCUCCGCAAAAUGCUCAUCCAGAUUUUAACUGAGCUGGAGCACAGUGGUGUUGGACGAAAUAAGGAACAAGGGGCCCGGAUGCUGGGUCACCUUGUAUCCAAUGCACCAAGACUUAUUCGCCCAUAUAUGGAGCCAAUUCUAAAAGCUCUUAUUUUGAAACUGAAGGACCCUGACCCUAAUCCUGGAGUUGUCAUCAGUGUCUUGGCUACUAUUGGAGAGCUGGCACAGGUCAGUGGACUUGAGAUGAGGAAAUGGAUGGACGAACUGUUUCCUAUCAUCAUGGACAUGCUGCAGGACUCUUCCUUACUGGCUAAACGGCAGGUAGCCCUAUGGACACUUGGACAGCAGGUUGCAAGCACUGGCUAUGUGGUGGAGCCAUAUCGAAAAUAUCCCUCCUUGCUUGAAGUGCUGCUGAACUUCCUCAAAACAGAACAGAACCAGGGGAUCCGGAGAGAGGCUAUCCGUGUGUUGGGACUUCUGGGAGCUUUGGAUCCUUACAAGCACAAAGUAAAUAUUGGAAUGAUUGAUCAGUCUCGAGAUGCCUCUGCAGUUAGUCUCUCCGAGUCCAAAUCCAGCCAAGAUUCUGCUGAUUAUAGCACCAGUGAAAUGUUGGUGAACAUGGGAAACCUGCCUUUGGACGAGUUUUAUCCUGCAGUUGCUAUUGUAACACUGAUGCGCAUUCUGAGAGAUCCGUCACUUUCCAAUCAUCAUUCCAUGGUCGUGCAAGCUGUCACUUUCAUCUUCAAAUCUCUUGGUCUUAAAUGUGUCCAGUUUCUGCCUCAAGUCAUGCCAACCUUUCUUAAUGUGACCCGUGUUUGUGAUGCCAACAUUCGAGAGUUUUUAUUUCAGCAACUUGGAAUGUUAGUAUCAUUUGUAAAAAUCCACAUCAGACCGUACAUGGAUGAUAUCUUCAGUCUCAUCAGAGAUUAUUGGACUUCCAACAGCCCCAUGCAGAACACCAUAAUUAUGCUGAUUGAACAGAUUGUUAUGGCUCUGGGUGGUGAAUUUAAGCUUUACUUGCCCCAGCUUAUUCCUCACAUGCUUCGGGUAUUUAUGCACGAUAAUAGCCCAGGGAGAAGUGUCACUAUGAAGCUUUUGAGUGCUAUCCAGCUUUUUGGUGCCAACCUGGAUGAUUACUUGCACUUACUACUUCCACCUAUAGUGAAACUUUUUGAUGCACAAGAUGUACCUCUGCAGGCUCGCAAGGUUGCCUUAGAGACUCUGGAUCGUUUGACUGAAUCUUUAGAUUUCACUGAUUACGCUUCAAGGAUUAUCCAUCCAAUAGUGCGGACAUUGGAUGGAACAUCGGAACUUCGCCUUACUGCAAUGGACACACUUUCCUCUCUAAUCUUCCAGCUCGGAAAAAGGUACCAAAUAUUUAUUCCAAUGGUGAACAAAGUGGUACAACGGCACAAGAUCAGUCAUCAGCGUUAUGAAAACCUCAUCAGCAAAAUUGUGAAGGGUGGCACUUUGGCAGAGGAAGAGGAUGAUCCAUUAAUCUAUCAGCACCGAAUGCUCCGAAACAACCAAGGUGAAACACAAGCAAGUGGACCUGUUGAGACUGGGCCUAUGAAAAAACUUCAUGUUAGCACCUCUGCACUGCAGAAGGCUUGGGGAGCAGCUAGACGAGUUUCCAAGGAUGACUGGUUAGAAUGGCUCAGACGACUGAGCGUGGAAUUGCUAAAGGAAUCAUCAUCACCUUCCCUCCGCUCAUGCUGGUCCUUGGCUCAAACCUACAAUCCACUGGCUAGGGAUCUCUUCAAUGCAGCCUUCUUGUCAUGUUGGUCAGAACUAAAUGAAGAUCAGCAGGAUGAACUUAUUAGAAGUAUCGAGCUAGCACUUACUUCUCAAGACAUUGCUGAGGUCACCCAGACAUUACUGAACCUGGCAGAGUUCAUGGAGCACAGUGACAAGGGCCCCCUUCCACUUAGGGAUGAUAAUGGCAUUGUACUUCUAGGAGAAAGGGCAGCCAAGUGCCGUGCAUAUGCUAAAGCUUUGCAUUAUAAGGAACUAGAAUUUCAGAAAGGCCCCACACCCACUAUUUUGGAGUCUUUAAUCAGCAUCAACAACAAACUGCAACAACCAGAAGCGGCAUCAGGGGUGUUAGAUUAUGCCAUGAAACACUUUGGAGAACUGGAGAUCCAGGCCACCUGGUAUGAGAAGCUGCAUGAAUGGGAGGACGCCUUGGUGGCUUAUGACAAGAAAAUUGACUUAAAUAAAGAUGACCCUGAGCUCAUGCUGGGAAGAAUGCGCUGCUUGGAAGCCUUAGGAGAAUGGGGACAGCUACACCAGCAGUGCUGUGAAGAGUGGACACUGGUCAGUGAGGAAACUCAAGCUAAGAUGGCAAGGAUGGCUGCAGCUGCCGCCUGGGGUUUGGGUCACUGGGACAGCAUGGAAGAAUACACAUGUAUGAUUCCUAGGGAUACUCAUGAUGGGGCUUUCUAUCGAGCUGUAUUGGCAUUACAUCAGGAUCAUUUUUCAUUGGCACAGCAGUGCAUUGACAAAGCAAGAGACCUUCUGGAUGCUGAGCUAACUGCUAUGGCUGGAGAAAGUUACAGCCGAGCUUAUGGGGCUAUGGUGUCAUGCCAAAUGUUAUCAGAGCUAGAGGAAGUCAUCCAGUACAAACUGGUACCAGAACGUAGAGAAAUCAUCCGGCAGACUUGGUGGGAGCGACUUCAGGGCUGUCAGCGAAUUGUAGAAGACUGGCAACGCAUUUUGAUGGUACGCUCGCUCGUUAUUAAUCCUCAUGAAGAUAUGAGGACGUGGCUGAAAUAUGCCAGUCUAUGUGGCAAGAGUGGGCGCCUGGCAUUAGCACACAAGACAUUGGUGCUGCUGCUGGGAGUCGACCCUUCUAAGCAGUUGGAUCACCCUCUGCCAACAGUACAUCCCCAUGUAACGUAUGCAUACAUGAAGUACAUGUGGAAGAGCAGCCGUAAGGAUGCUUUUCAGCAUAUGCAGCUGUUUGUACAGAAUAUGCAGCAGCAGGCUCAGCAUGCAAUUGCAGCCGAGGACCAGCAGCACAAGCAGGAACUUCACAAACUUAUGGCAAGAUGUUUCUUGAAGCUAGGUGAAUGGCAGCUUAACCUUCAAGGCAUAAAUGAAAGUACGAUCCCCAAAGUUCUGCAGUACUACAGUCAUGCUACAGAGCAUGAUAGGAGCUGGUACAAGGCCUGGCAUGCUUGGGCUGUGAUGAACUUUGAAGCUGUGCUUCACUACAAACACCAGAACCAAGCCAGAGAAGAGAAGAAUAAACAGCGUCACGCCAGUGGUACCAGCAUCAGUGGUGAAGCCAGCAACAGUGAGAGCGAGGAGGCAGACAGCAGUGAAAUCAGCCCAGUCCCUUCUCCUAUGCAGAAGAAAGUCAGUGAGGAUUUAUCAAAAACUCUGCUAAUGUACACCGUUCCUGCUGUCCAGGGCUUUUUCCGCUCUAUUGCUUUAUCUCGUGGUAACAAUUUGCAAGAUACCCUUAGAGUUUUGACUCUCUGGUUUGACUAUGGCCAUUGGCCAGAGGUAAAUGAAGCUCUUGUCGAGGGGAUAAAAACCAUCCAGAUCGACACAUGGUUACAAGUCAUUCCUCAGCUGAUAGCUCGAAUUGAUACACCCCGUCCUUUUGUAGGUCGAUUAAUCCAUCAGUUGCUCACUGACAUUGGCAGAUACCAUCCUCAGGCCUUAAUUUAUCCGCUGACAGUCGCUUCAAAAUCUACUACCACAGCUCGCCACAGUGCUGCCAACAAGAUCCUAAAGAACAUGUGUGAACAUAGCAAUACAUUGGUGCAGCAGGCAGUAAUGGUGAGUGAAGAGCUAAUACGUGUAGCAAUCCUGUGGCAUGAAAUGUGGCAUGAAGGUCUUGAGGAAGCAUCUCGACUGUACUUCGGAGAGAGGAAUGUUAAAGGGAUGUUCGCUGUUUUAGAACCACUGCAUGCAAUGAUGGAAAGAGGACCCCAGACCCUAAAAGAAACUUCCUUUAAUCAGGCAUAUGGCCGAGAUUUAAUGGAAGCUCAAGAAUGGUGCAGGAAGUACAUGAGAUCUGCAAAUGUGAAAGACUUGACCCAAGCCUGGGACUUGUACUAUCAUGUGUUUCGACGAAUCUCUAAACAACUGCCACAACUUACCUCUCUAGAGCUGCAGUAUGUGUCACCUAAGCUUCUGAUGUGCCGAGAUCUAGAGUUGGCUGUUCCCGGAACAUAUGAUCCUAACCAACCAAUAAUACGUAUUCAGUCAAUUGCACCUUCCCUUCAGGUCAUCACAUCCAAGCAGAGACCAAGAAAGCUGACAAUAAUGGGUAGUAAUAACCAUGAAUUUAUGUUCCUUCUAAAGGGUCAUGAAGACCUACGGCAGGAUGAGAGAGUGAUGCAGCUAUUUGGAUUAGUUAAUACAUUACUUGCCAAUGAUCCAGCAUCUCUCCGUAAGAAUCUAAGCAUUCAAAGGUAUGCUGUCAUUCCUUUGUCCACAAACUCCGGAUUGAUUGGUUGGGUCCCACAUUGCGAUACACUGCAUGCACUGAUAAGAGACUACAGAGAGAAGAAAAAGAUCCUGCUGAACAUUGAACAUCGCAUCAUGCUAAGGAUGGCUCCUGAUUACGAUCACCUGACUCUUAUGCAGAAGGUUGAGGUUUUUGAGCAUGCUGUAAACAAUACUGCUGGUGAUGAUCUGGCUAAAUUACUCUGGUUAAAGAGCCCAAGCUCAGAGGUUUGGUUUGACAGGAGAACAAAUUACACUCGUUCAUUAGCUGUGAUGUCAAUGGUUGGCUAUAUUCUGGGUCUUGGAGACAGGCAUCCAUCCAAUCUCAUGCUGGAUAGACUGAGUGGAAAAAUCUUACAUAUUGACUUUGGUGAUUGUUUUGAGGUUGCUAUGACACGAGAAAAGUUUCCAGAGAAAAUUCCUUUCAGACUGACAAGGAUGUUAACAAAUGCUAUGGAGGUCACUGGCUUAGAUGGAAAUUAUCGAAUUACGUGCCACACAGUUAUGGAAGUGUUACGUGAGCACAGGGACAGUGUCAUGGCUGUGCUGGAGGCCUUUGUGUAUGACCCAUUGCUAAACUGGAGAUUAAUGGAUACAAACACAAAAGGCACUAAACGUUCAAGAACACGAACAGAUUCCUACAAUGCUGGCCAGUCAGUUGAAAUACUUGAUGGAGUUGACUUAGGAGAGGCAACACACAAGAAAGCGGGAACCACAGUGCCAGAGUCUAUUCAUUCCGUUAUUGGUGAUGGUGGUGUACAGCCAGAAGCUUUGAACAAGAAGGCUAUUCAGAUCAUAAACAGGGUCCGAGACAAGCUGACAGGUCGGGAUUUCUCUCAUGAUGAAACUCUAGAUGUUCCUGUCCAAGUGGAAUUACUGAUUAAACAGGCAACAUCCCAUGAAAAUCUGUGCCAAUGUUACAUUGGAUGGUGUCCAUUCUGGUGAAGUGCUACAGUCGUUCAGAUACUCACAUCAGAGGUUUAAAGCAUAAAGGUUAUCAUGCAGGACUACAGACAUGAAGACAUGGACUUCAUUUGGGUUGGCCAUAACUGUGCAAUCACAAGCAACACAUUUUCUUGUGCUGUCAGAUCACCCCUAAAAAUGGGAUAUCAGGCCUUGAUAAGCAUACCUGGUUAAAAUCCAAUAAAUGAAUUUUGCUUUUGUCUGUUUUGUUCUUUAAUAAUAUUUAUUAUAGUUUUCUUUGCCAUUGAUGUAAAUGGCAUUAUGAAGUAAAAUUUUGUAUGAUUUCUGUCACAUUUUUAAAAUAAUGAAUACUGACUUAAGAAAUCGUAACUGUAAAAAUUGUUUUGUAAUAAUACUUCAUAAAGUCCAAAUAAGUAUUAAAUGCUGCUACACAGAACUGCUGCUGCAAUGUAUUGUAGCAGAUACUAAACAAUAAACUACUGCUACUGUUA